GAAGUUACAGGGGGGGCGCUUUCGGCUUCCAAUUAGGAAUAAUACUGGCUUCGUAGCGACUACCAAGGAGGAAGAUUCUAAAACCCCCUCACCCGUCCCAAAACCCGCAUCCUCCUCCUCCUGCCACACACCCCUCCCCCGAUUUUUGACCAAGAAAAAGGAGUCGAGGGGUGCUCCGCUCCUCUGUGCUGGUGGGAAACCGAGAGGCCAGCAGGGUUGCUUAGUUGGACCAUAGGCCUGAGUGCAAUUGGGAGGCGGGCGCCUCGCACCCGUUGCCGCCCGCGGGGACUGAAGUGGCCUGAAAGAGCUGCCCGGGAUUCCUGUCCUUCCCAGAGGGGCCGCCUCGAAUGCCGCGGGACUGAAGAGCACACGUCGGGUGGGUUUAUCAUGUCGACCUUCCGAGCGCCGCGGUUCGCAGCUCAGAAUGGAAGGAAAGGCUGGCUCCUGAGGGGUCCCGCUGGUAUCUGAUACCCGGAGACCCACAGGGCUGCUCCAAUUGCCCUGGAUCCGCAACUCCAACUUCCCAGUAGGCGCAUCCGCAUUUUCCAAGAAAAUAUUUUCUGUUCGCCGCCUUGGCCGUUUAAGUGCCCUCCACACGCUCUUCCCGGUGCAGAGACUCAGCCUCCUUCGUUCGGUGUAUGCUCUAUGUUUUUGCCAAAUAUGAUCUCCAGUUGAAAGUUUAUUUAUGGUUUUGGAUGAAUCUGUGGAGCUUACAUUGUAAAAAGAAAGGGGGAACAAGACACCAUGAAAGAAAAGUCCAAAAAUGCUGCCCGGACUAGGAGGGAGAAGGAAAACAGUGAAUUUUAUGAACUGGCUAAAUUACUGCCUUUGCCCUCGGCUAUCACCUCGCAGCUGGACAAGGCAUCCAUAAUCAGACUCACGACCAGCUAUCUCAAAAUGAGAGUGGUGUUCCCAGAAGGGCUCGGCGAGGCAUGGGGCCACUCGAGUCGGACCAGCCCCCUGGACAAUGUUGGCCGCGAACUGGGCUCCCAUCUGCUCCAGACCCUGGAUGGCUUCAUCUUCGUGGUGGCCCCAGAUGGGAAGAUCAUGUAUAUUUCAGAGACAGCCUCAGUCCACUUGGGUCUUUCUCAGGUAGAGCUGACCGGAAAUAGCAUUUACGAGUACAUCCAUCCAGCUGACCAUGACGAAAUGACUGCGGUACUCACUGCCCAUCAGCCCUACCACUCUCACUUUGUGCAGGAGUACGAGAUCGAGCGCUCCUUCUUCCUGAGGAUGAAGUGCGUCUUGGCCAAGCGGAACGCCGGCCUCACCUGCGGCGGCUACAAGGUCAUUCACUGCAGCGGCUACCUGAAGAUCCGCCAGUACAGCCUGGACAUGUCCCCCUUUGACGGUUGCUACCAGAACGUAGGCCUGGUGGCGGUGGGCCACUCACUGCCUCCCAGCGCCGUCACGGAAAUCAAGCUGCACAGCAACAUGUUCAUGUUCCGCGCCAGCCUGGACAUGAAGCUCAUUUUCCUGGACUCCAGGGUGGCGGAGCUGACGGGCUACGAACCUCAGGACCUGAUCGAGAAGACGCUAUACCACCACGUGCACGGCUGCGAUACCUUCCACCUGCGCUGUGCGCACCACCUGCUGCUGGUAAAGGGGCAGGUGACCACCAAGUACUACCGGUUCCUGGCGAAGCACGGCGGCUGGGUGUGGGUGCAGAGCUACGCGACCAUCGUACACAACAGUCGCUCUUCCAGGCCACACUGCAUAGUCAGCGUCAACUACGUCCUCACAGAUACGGAAUACAAAGGGCUGCAGCUAUCCCUGGAUCAGAUCUCAGCCUCCAAACCAGCCUUCUCCUAUGCCAGCAGCUCCACGCCCACCAUGCCUGAUAACAGGAAGGGGGCCAAAUCCCGGCUCUCCAGCUCAAAGUCAAAAUCCAGGACUUCCCCCUACCCUCAGUACUCGGGGUUUCACACAGAACGGUCGGAAUCAGAUCACGACAGCCAGUGGGGCGGAAGUCCCUUGACCGACUCAGCCUCUCCGCAGCUCCUGGACCCGGGCGAUCGGCCAGGCUCCCAGCACGACGCGUCCUGUGCCUACAGACAGUUCUCGGACCGCAGCUCCCUCUGCUAUGGCUUCGCGCUGGACCAUUCCAGGCUGGUGGAGGAGAGGCAUUUCCAUACCCAGGCUUGCGAGGGAGGCCGGUGUGAGGCAGGCAGGUACUUCCUGGGAACGCCGCAGGCGGGGAGGGAGCCCUGGUGGAGCUCUCGCGCAGCCUUGCCCCUGACCAAGGCCUCCCCGGAAAGCAGAGACGCCUUUGAAAACAGCAUGCCUCACAUCGCUUCAGUGCACAGGAUCCAUGGACGAGGUCAUUGGGAUGAAGACAGUGUGGUCAGUUCUCCGGACCCUGGAUCAGCUAGCGAAUCAGGUGACCGAUACCGCACUGAACAGUAUCAAAGUAGCCCACAUGAACCUAGCAAAAUUGAAACUCUGAUUCGAGCCACCCAGCAAAUGAUUAAAGAAGAAGAGAACAGGUUGCAGUUAAGGAAAGCCCCCCCAGACCAACUGGCAUCCAUUAAUGGAGCUGGGAAAAAACACUCCCUCUGUUUUGCAAACUACCAACAGCCCCCACCGACAGGCGAAGUCUGCCAUGGCUCUGCUCUAGCCAACACUUCACCAUGUGACCACAUCCAGCAGAGAGAGGGAAAGAUGCUGAGCCCCCAUGAAAAUGACUAUGACAAUAGUCCCACUGCACUGUCUCGGAUAAGUAGUCCCAACUCGGAUCGCAUUUCAAAAUCCAGUUUGAUCCUAGCUAAAGACUAUCUACAUUCGGAUAUGUCUCCUCAUCAGACAGCAGGAGACCAUCCUGCUGUCUCUCCAAACUGCUUUGGCUCUCACCGGCAGUAUUUUGAUAAGCAUGCUUAUACAUUAACUGGAUAUGCCCUGGAGCACUUAUACGACACUGAAACCAUUAGAAACUAUUCCUUGGGCUGUAAUGGCUCACACUUUGAUGUAACUUCCCAUCUAAGGAUGCAGCCAGACCCAGCACAAGGACACAAGGGAACAUCUGUUAUUAUAACCAAUGGAAGCUGAUGUUUUUCUAAAAUGUUUUGUUCUGUUAGGGUCUCUGAAACAUAUUUAUAGUUUAAUGCCCCAUUACCAGCAUUUACAAUGCCACAGAUUGUUAGAGAGGAUAAUUUAAAUUUCUGGGUAUUUGACAUGUGUUCCUAUGAAAUAAAAGGAAAUAUAGCACUAGCAUUCAGGGUUAUACACAGAUAAUGGAGCUAAAGCAAAUGCACAAAUUGUCUCUGUAGUUAUAUGAGAACCAGCAUAGAUAAAUUUGUGUUGAAAAAUACUCAUGUAGAUGGAGUGAGUAUACACAGUGACAACAUUAGAUUGUGGUGAUCCAGUGAAACUCAACCACACAGAGGAUUAUUCACGGGCUUCUCUGUAUAUUUUACAUGCAGAAGUAUAAAAAAUUAGCCAUAAACACACCAAAAAUGUGUAAUUUUCUUUAGUUCUGAACUCUUCAAUAAAUUUCCACUCCAAAAAUAACUGAGAAAGAGAGAGACACAUCUUGUAAACUGAUUUCUUUUUUCCCUUUGUGGUUUCCAUCCAACCAGUUCAUUUGAUUCAGGCAUAAAUUAGAGAAAUGGUUCUGGAUAUAGUGCAAGAAUGACUUUUCACCUGGUAUCCAUUAGAAGCAAUCAGGAAGUGGUGAUUUUUCACCUUACUUUUGAGUUAGACAAGGACCAGGAUUGCACUGACAUAGAAGUAAGGGUUUUUCUAAGUGAAAGCAUUGAGAUGUUGGGAGACACAUCAAAAAAACCUGGUGUGCUCAAUUGGAAGUAGUUCAGUGAAGAUGGAGAGGCCAGAGAAAGAAUGGAAUGAACCGAUAUCUCCCCAAAAAACAAUUUAAGGCUCAGAAUAGGUAAAGAACAUAUUUGAGGCUUGCUUAUAAACCAGCCAAAUAAAAAAUUCAAACCAAUUCACCAAGAAAAAAAGUGCAAAAAAUAAUGAAGGAAAAUCAGUGAAGUGCUACAUGACAGCAGUUUAAGUAUUUGAGAACAUUUCAAAGCACAGAUGUGCCAGUGUGACAACAUGUGGAAAGCCUCAGGAGAGCAUCUAAGAUAAAAGCAGAGGCUGCCAGAAAAGUGGUUAAAAGGACGGGAGGAAUACUGUGACUGAGGAGCAGGCUAAGCGUUUGUUUUCCUUACUGUUUGUAAACAAUGUCAACAGCAAACUUGGUCUUACAAUCUGUGUGUUAUACGAGAAAGGAUGGUGCACUGGAUGCUGAGAUUUCUGGGUUCUGGUUCUGACCCUAAUUGUGACUUAACUUUGUGACUGUAGAUGUAAGCAAUCACCACACCCAGAGCCCCAGUUUCCUGGUUUGUAAGGCAGCUGUAGUGUUCAUGGUGUGGUUCACUGGUGCAGCAGAGCUGAGCUAGUUAAUUGUUUAACUCUCUGCUAUGGGUUAUCAAGAGUUGCUCUGAAUUUUCUACUCACAUACAGAAGUAUAGAUGCUUUGUAACUCAAACAGGAAUGUAAGCUCUGUUAGGCAUGUGUAGUACAGUCACUUUUCUAAGAUCAACCAAAAAUGUAGGUGGUAGGAACUGAUAAUGAAGAAGAAAAUAGUAGGAUUUAUUUAAUGUACUAUUCUCUAGAAAUCAAAACAAAGUGAAGUGAUUAGAAAUAUUUCACAUAUCAGAGUCCCAUGCCUGAAACUCUUGGUAUAUACAAGGAAGGGAAUGUACUGGAAGAACUUGACUUGUAAUUUCAAAAACAGAACAUGACAUUGGACACUCAGGGAUUAGUACUGUAUUUUCAUUCUUUAACACAGUUAUGUGGCAGUUUAUAUGUAGGUGACAAUCUGAAUGAUAAUAAUCAGAGAUGACUACUGGGUUGUUUAUGCGAGAAAGAGGCUACAUAAAAUUAAAUAACUAUUUCAUGGGUAUGACAGAACAACAUUGGUGCUGUACAUGCAAAAAAAGUGUAAGUACAUGACAAAGUCACUGAUUAUCAUAUAUACCUUCAAAAAUGUUCAAAGUACAAUAAAAACUAAAUUUUAAGUUAUAUAAGCACAGUAUUCAGCAAUUUUUGAGAAAAUUAUCUUUGAGAAACUCCUGGAACUCUUAAAAUGGAUUUUUUAAAUCAAUUUUCAACAUGAAGUAAGGUUUUAGGAAUACCUGAAAGGUUUUGCAGAAUUCUGUAGAUGGAUAAUAUGAAGUAUUUUGGAAAGGGAAUCCAUACAGAUGCAUUUUACUGAUAGAUAAACAUUCUACCAAAUGUGUCAGGCACAGAUCCUUUAGGUGAAAAUGAAGACUUCAGACCCAUGGAAAAUAAAACAAUACUAAAGAAAAGACCGUUAUUAAAGGAUUUCAGUGGAGUUUUUUUUUCUUUUUUUUGACAGGCAGAGUUAGACAGUGAGAGAGAGAGAGAGAGAGAGA